UUGGUCGAGAGAUUGGUGGCCAAACGACCCCGGGGAAGUAGUAAACGCUCGUCGCAGACAAACGCAUGUGCGGUUCCCAGAAGAGUUCGGUCUCAUACAGAUUCAGUCCGCUGUAGUCAUGCAGGCACACGAGCUGUUGAAGCAGAUGAGGAUCCCCGAGUUCUCCGAGGUCCGGGAUUAUAUCCGCAGUCUCUCCACCAACACACUCCUCAGCAUGGGUGCGCUCACCGCGAUCACGGCGUACUGGUACGCCACCAGACCCAAAGCCCCCAAACCGCCCUGUGACCUGAGCAUGCAGUCGGUCGAGCUCCCGGGUGGAGAGUUUGCUCGUCGAAGUGCAGUUUUAAACGGAGGCCCGCUUUUGACCCAUUUCUACGAAGACGCCAAGACCAUGUAUGAGUGCUUUCUCAGGGGCCUGAGGGAGUCCAAAAACGGCCCUUGCCUGGGAUCCCGAAAACCAAAGCAGCCGUAUGAAUGGAUUUCAUACUCAGAGGUGAUUGAGCGAGCCGAGAAUUUGGGAUCGGCAUUUCUACACAAAGGACACUCCAAAAACGCAGACCCCUACAUCGGCAUCUUCUCUCAGAACAGACCAGAGUGGACGAUCUCCGAGCUGGCCUGCUACACAUACUCGCUGAUCUCAGUUCCUCUGUACGACACCUUGGGCACAGACGCCAUUAGAUACAUCCUCGACAAAACCGGUAUCUCUACAGUGGUGUGUGACGUCCCCGAGAAGGCCAGUCUGCUGUUGGACUGUGUUUCCGGAAAACAGCACUCGCUCAAAACCCUGAUCCUCCUCCAAGACUUCGAUGCGGAUCUGGUGAGCCGAGGACGGCAGUGUGGCAUCGACAUCAUCAGUCUGAGAGACGCAGAGAAUAUCGGCCGGACUCAUCACCAGCGUCCUGUGCCUCCUCAGCCGGAUGAUCUGGCCAUUAUUUGUUUUACAAGUGGAACCACAGGAAACCCUAAAGGGGUGAUGCUCACCCACAAGAACAUCAUGUCCAACAAUGCUGGCGUCCUCCGCUACACACAGUUCGCCAGUCCCAUCACCUCUAAGGACACACACAUCUCCUACCUGCCGCUGGCACACAUGUUCGAGAGAGUCGUACAGAGUGGGAUUCUGGUACACGGGGCUCGCAUCGGAUACUUCCAGGGUGACAUCCGCUUUCUGAUGGACGACCUCGUGACCCUGAAGCCCACCAUGUUCCCCGUGGUUCCUCGUCUGCUGAACCGCAUGUUCGACAGGAUCUACGGUCAGGCCAACAGUGCCCUGAAGAGACGUCUGCUGGACUUCGCUUUCAGGAGGAAAGAGGCCGAGAUGUUGAGAGGAAUCAUGAGGAGAGACAGUUUGUGGGACAAGAUCAUCUUCAGGAAAGUCCAGGCCAGUCUUGGUGGUUGCGUGCGGAUGAUGGUGAGCGGAGCCGCACCGGUUUCAGCGCCGGUUCUCACGUUCCUGCGAGCGGCGUUGGGCUGCCAGUUUUAUGAAGGCUACGGACAGACUGAAUGCACGGCCGCCAGCACCGUUACACUAUCAGGAGACUGGAUUGCUGGUCAUGUUGGAGCUCCUCUGCCCUGUAACGACAUCAAGCUGGUGGACGUGGCUGAGAUGAACUAUUAUGCCGCUAAUGGCGAGGGAGAGGUGUGUGUGAGGGGUCCUAAUGUUUUUAAGGGAUAUCUGAAAGACCCUGAGAAGACGAAGGAGGCUCUCGAUGAAGAAGGCUGGGUUCACACUGGAGACAUCGGCAAGUGGCUUCCCAAUGGCACUUUAAAGCUGGUGGACCGUAAGAAGCACAUCUUCAAGCUGGCUCAGGGAGAAUACAUCGCUCCCGAGAAGAUCGAGAACGUUUACAUCAGGAGUGAAGCUGUGUCGCAGGUCUUCGUGCACGGAGACAGUCUGCAGGCCUGUCUGGUUGCCAUCAUUGUUCCUGAUCCGGACUAUCUGCCCGGCUGGGCCAAGAAGAGAGGCAUCGAGGGCUCAUAUGAAGAACUGUGCAGAAACAAGGAGGUAAAGAAAGCUAUUCUGGAGGACAUUGUCAAAUUGGGUAAAGAAAGUGGCCUGAAGUCUUUUGAACAGGUGAGGGACAUUUCACUACACACUGAGAUGUUCUCCAUCCAAAACGGCCUCCUGACGCCCACCCUCAAAGCCAAACGUGCCGAUCUCAGGAACUACUUCAGGACACAGAUCGACCAGCUUUACGCAAACAUCAAAAUGUAAACCAGAGGAAGAGCCUCAGAUGAGCUGAACUGGGUUUCAUGACUGAAUAGAGCGAUCAGAGACUUAAUGAGCCUGAUAUGAUUAAAAACCCUAGAUCCGUUCUGUAACUCAAAGGCUUCGAUUUUUACAUAUUUUCACACCGUCUGACUAUUUUAAAAGAAAAUAAACCUAAGCAAACAUCUAUUUCGGCUGUUGAAGACAAAGAUAAUCCUCUUUAUUGCUCUUCUGAUGAUAUAAUGUGUAGAAAAGCCAAACAUGAAGUCAUGCUUAACACAGCUAACCUUCAUUUUUAAAAGUUUGUGGCCUCAAAUUUUUAAAUUCAGCUUCUUGUAACGAUCUCACAGAAAUAUUUUUACAGUCUCAGGGAAAAUAAUGUGCCUUAUUAAUGGACUUCAGCUGCAUUUGAGUGUUAUUGUUGAGGGGGGAAACGCACACAUGCUAACAAACAAAGCUAAUAAUAUAGCAUUGUACCUCAGAAUUGACAUAAAGUGCAAAAAAAAAAAAAAAAAAGGGGGGUGGAACGUGGGAAAUAUUUCAAGAUUUUGUCUUCCCCUAGUUUUAUAUUCUAAAGUCUUUUUCAGGACAUGAGGUAACUUAAAAUAAAAAAGGGAAGAGUUUUUAUUUUAGAAAAAAAUACUGUAAUCUGGCCUACAUUCAAGAAAACAAGCAAAGCAAAUGUUUUCUGUUUAUUUUUCUACAUAUUUAUGUAGAACUUUUAUAAUACUAACUUGCAUCUUGUUCCAAAACAGCUUUAUAAAGGAUAGUGGCUUGUAUAAAUAGUUCAUAAACUGUUCUUAUGAAUGAUUUACUCAAAUUAGUUUUGCUUGUCUUUCAUGAAAAAGGCCACGGACGAUUAAUAUAACGAUAAAUGUGAAGAUAUAGUUCUUAAAAAUUGAAACAAAAGACUAGCAUAGUCCACAGCUAUAAUAAUAAUGACAGAAACAAUUAAUAUCAUCGCUUACCGAACCGAACGAGUUUUUUUUUUUUUUUUUUUUUACAGCCCGAUGAACGUUAAAAAUGACAACCAAUCAGAAUCCACCCUGCUUUAACGCGGGAAGCAUUUAAAGCAGCAGUGCGCUUAAAAUAAACGGACAUUAUGCUAAUAUAGUUCUGGUUAAAGUUAUCGUUAGUCAUCGUUCUUGGCCUGAACGUGCCUUAAGUUUAAACACAGCCAAGUAUCAAUCAGUGGUGAUUAAUAUGAGUAUCUAAGCCAUAUGCUGUCUAUAUGACUUUAUUUUUAAAACAGCUCCGCAUCCAGCUAUGUUGCAUAAGUGCUUAUUUAUUUAAAGGCUUUAAUGGCAGAUGGUAUUAUGUUGUUUUCAGGUGUAUUAUAUUAUUAGAUAAUAUUAUCUCAUUGUUAGGAGCUUUCCACAUGCGUCCUUAUAUUUCAUUGAUGGUUGCUGCUUCAUGUUCAUUGUAAUUGUGUUUAUUAUGCACAGGUUGUUUUUGUUGUUUGAUUUACCCAUGGUUGUAUAGAGCCAAACAAACUUUGUGUGUGUGUGUGUGUGGCAAACAGAUAAACUCUGACAAACUCUGAUAAACAAAAAAUAUUGUACCUAAAAA